AUGUUGCCAUACAUUAAGAGGAUUAUCACUACCUGGCCAGAGGUGAACAAUGGCUUCACUUUCCGUGAUUUUAUUAAGUCCAAGCACGCUGGCCUGGCGCUGCUGCAGUUUUACAUCACGUUACAUCCAGCCUCAGGGAACUGCGAAGAAUGGACCUCAAGAAUCGUCGGGGGCCAGGUUGCCAUUAACGGGUCAACUGUGUUAGAACCUGACCACGUCCUCAGGGUUGGCGAUGUUGUGUCGUACACACGGCGGCCAUGGCGGGAGCCGCCGAGUCCGAGCUACGUGGACGUGCUGUACGAGGAUGACGACGUCGUCGCGCUCUGCAAGCCCGCUGGUCUGCAAGUGCUGCCCGCAGCCAUGUUGCACCAACGCACCGUCCUGACCCUGCUACAGCACCACUACGGCAACCCACCGGGAACGCGGGCCUGUGUGGCUGUGGCUCCCGUGCACCGACUGGGUCGAGGCACCUCCGGUCUGCUGUUGUGUGCACGCACCACACACGCCAGGCAGCGGCUAACCGAACUAAUGAGCGGCAAAACCGCCGCCGCCGCUGCAGCAGCAGCAGCGGCAACGGCGGGCACUGAAGCAAGGGGGUUGAUCUACCGGUCCCUAGUGCAGGGUAUUGUGGCGGAGGAUGAGGGCCGUGUGGAUGUGCCCAUAGGGCCCGUCCAGUACCCGGGGGUUGACGGGGGCCUCUUCGCUGCCACACCGGGGGGCAAACCCGCUGCCAGCAUCUGGAGAGUCCUGGAGCGCCGACCCGGGGGGGGCAGGAGUCGGCAGGCUGUGGAGAUUCUGACAGGUCGACCGCAUCAAAUCCGAAUCCAUAUGGCUGCAAUGGGCCAUCCACUCGUUGGAGAUCCACUGUACGGCAUCGGUGGCCUUCCCCGGGUAUGUCGUACACUGGGGCCGGCACGGGGAUCGAUGUCUCCUUUUUUGGAUCUCCUGGGAUGUCCCGACCUCUUAAGGGGUGAACGGGAAGGCAUCGUGACGUCAUCGUGGCAUGCCGCAACACCCACAAUAUUAACCCCAGUAUUGCAACAACAACACCGGCGCCACCAUAGCGCCAGCAUCAACGUAACGUGGACACCACACACUGUGUAA